AUGGAGCCCGGGGGUGCGGCCCCUCCCCUACGGGGUCCCCCUCGGGCGCGGGCGAGUGAUGCAGACGGCGGGAUGCUUAUGCCGCGUGGGCCCGUGAGCGAGGAUGUGAUGGCGGCGAUCAGCGAGCGCGCUACCGCCAUUUUCUCCAGCCACAAACACAAGGUCUCCGGCAUGCUGGAGCCGCAGCAGGGCCCAUAUGCUCUCGCGCUUGUGGGCGCGAUGCUCGGGCUUAAUCAAAAGCAGCUAGACUCGGAGCUGCAGCUCACAGCUCGAGUGGGCCGCCGUACACUCAGCUACGAGGAAUUUAUGUCGGCUUGUGAGGCUAUGGUGGCUCUUCACGGGGCGCUGGCGCAGCAGCAGAUCAAACGGCUGCCUAACAAUGACAUGAGCGGGGCUCUGCGGGCCGCGUUCAGCUUGUACGUGAAACUCAACGUGGGCGGUUUUAUGGGCGGAGACCAGCGCAUGAACAGCAACCAGUUCACCAAGAUGUGCCAAGAUGCGGGGAUGAUGGAGCCCAAUGGCCCUGCAAGCAUGUCGACGCUGCAAAUUAGUUGGGCGUCCUGCAAGGCCACGUUUGGCUCCACUCGCCUGCAAUACAACCAGUUCUUGAAGGUGAUUGGCGCCCUAGCAGCAGAGCUGUCGGGCGACGUCUUCCUGCUGGUGGCGGGUUUGGGACUGCAGCUGCCCACCGUGCCGCCUCUGCGCAACGGCUUCCGGAAGCCCGACGCUGGGGAAGUGAACCUGCCGAAGCCGGAGAUGAUGCAGGGCGUGGGUGCCCAUGUGGCGGCGGAGGAGGCCUACGAAAAAUACGUCCAGGAGGGCAGGAUGCCGGAGGGCAAGAGGGGCGACCCUCUGGCUCGGGCAGGUGCAUCGCCCAUCAAGGCGCGCGCCUCUACUAAUGGCGGCGUGCCCAACUGGGUUAAGGCUAUGCAGGCGGACCAGGGGGGCGCUAACCCCAUGACCAGCGGCCAAGACAUCCGUGGCAUCCCCGUCAUUGAGACGCCUGACAGCGACGACGAGAGUCCGCGCAAGCCCCAGCCGCGCAAGAGCGUCAACCCAGUGCCCCCGGACGAGCCAGCCAUCGCGCGCGCAAAGGCCUCGCCCAUGCGCCCCCGCGGCGGCAAGCUGCCCGCUAUGGGUGCCGCCGAGCCGCAAUCGCCGUCCAUGUCCACGGAUUCGGAGCUGCUCAUUCGGGCAGCGGAGGGGCCCAGCUACAGCGGCGGUCCCGGCAACCGCGUAGACGUGCUGUCGGCGCCGGUGGCGGUGCGGCCGCGGGGCGAGGCUGUGCGCAACGGCGUCCACAUCGAACCGGACAGUCCCGGGCAGCUGGAGCCUUCCCUGUUGCCUGCGCCACCGCGCGCGCGCAAGGCCGCGAUGCCGCCGGAGGGCUUCAGGGAGGUGGUGGAGCAGCAGGCGGCUGCGGUUAAGGCGCUGGAGAGCCGCGUGGAGGAGCAGAAGCAGCGGGAGCAGGAGUUGUUUGAGCGAGUGCAGCUGCUCACGGAGAAGCUGACGGACGCACAGGCGGCGGCCGCAGUCACUGUGCAGUCCGGCUGUCCCGGCGCGCAGCUGCCGGACGUGCCGCAGGGCAAGGGCCGCACCGUGGUUUCGGGGCGGUGUCCGCUGACGGAUCAGGUACAGCGGCUUACGGAGCAGAUGGCGGAGGUCUUGGCGAGGCUGAGCGCGCUGGAGAGCAUCCGCAUGCAGCCCAAGGCGCCGAGUGAGCCGCCCCCGAAGCAACGCAACCCCGUGGGGACGCGCACGCCCGAGUUCCCGGACGACCCGCCCGUGACCGCCGUGGCCCCCACUUCGCCCUCAUGGGGCCCGCCGGGGCGCCAUGCUGCGGCGCGGGUUACGGAGCCGGAUGGCCCACGGGUCAUUUCCCCGCUAGAGCCGGUCAACGCAACCCAGGGUGAAUGGAUGAGCCGGCUGCUGCUUAAUUUGGACAAGCGCGUGCGAGUGCUGGAGGGCGCAGCUGGCAAGGGGGAUGCGGACGCGGACGGCGAGGCGCUUGCGGAGGUGCUGAAACAGCUUCGUGGCAUGCACACCGCGCCGUCGCCUGCGCCGCCGGCCCCGCCGCCCCCGGGUUCCUCCGCGGCGUCGCCACCGGAGACGGCCUUCCUGAAAGUUGACCCCAAUAAGCGCAAGAUGGAGAAGGUUGGCGAUGCUGGCGAUGCGACACCAGCGCUGGUGCCCACCGGCGAUCCCGAGCUGGACCGCCGGCUGGCCGCUCUGGCCAACGAGAUGCGCAGCAAGAACGCCACGGUGGGGUUGCUGCUGGACAUGCUCAACCAGACCCGAGGGGAGGUGGCUGCGCUAGCGGCGCAACUGAAUGCGCGCGGCAACAGUGACAGCGGGCCGGUUGUGGUUGGCCAGCGCGGCGCCGCACCAGCCGUUGGCACAGGCCAGCGCAAUGCCAUUCGCGUCGUAGACGGCGGUCUUGUGCCCCCGGAUGCGGGACCGGGUCUGUCGCCGCCGAUGCGCCGCGGCGAGCCGGCGCCGUCAGGUGUCGUACCUCUGGAGCCUCACCUGGAGAACCUCGCCGCCGAGCAGCACGGGCUCAAGCGCGCCGUACGGGAGCUCUGCGCUGCCAUCGGUGUGCCGCCGCCGCCCGCUCUUGCUGCAGCGGAACCGUCGCCGUUGCCGUCGCCGCCAGCGGCGUCGCCGACGCGUGUUGAGCCUACGGCUAACGAGCCUUGGGGCCAGCCGGGCCGCAAGACGAUCAAAGAGGAGACGCAGGAAGUAAAACGGUGCGUGGAGGGCGUGCAGGCCGAUGUUGGGGAGCUACGGAAGCAGGUGGAGCAGAUGCGUGCGGGGUACGGCGAGUGGCCGCAGCCGCUGCGUGCGGAAGCUGCCGGCGGUCCGGCGGCGGCGGCUAUGAUGGUGAUGCCCGGUGCGGCGCCCGUGCAGGCGGUGACGCAGGGUCAGGGCCGGAAUGCAGUGCAGGUGACUGUGGGCGCGCCCAACCUGGCCGCGGAUACGGCCGGCUUUGCUCCGGGUCGCCGUCCACAGCAGCCAGCCGGCGAGCUGUCGAUUGCGGCUCUGCCAGACGCGGAGGUUCGCAACCUGAAGGAUGAGCUGCGCCGUGUCCAGGCCUUUAUCGACGCGGCGCUUCGGACAAACAUUGGCAACACCAACAACCUAACUAACUUCAUCAACGAACACGCUCCGGCCCUGCAGGCCGUGCAGCCGUCCAAGGACGGCCCCACUUCAGUCGGCGGCCGCAACCCCAUCACCGUCACCGCGGGCCAGCUACAGCAGCCCCAGGGCGCGCUACAGCCGCCGGCCAAGCACGGCCAGCUCCCGCUGCAGACUGAAGGGACAUUUGAUGCGGGCGGACUGGACCCCGUUGAGUAUCAGAAGCUCCGAGACCAAGUCCGUACCAUGGCACACUUCUUGGGAGGGCCCCUGGAGCCAACGGCAGCGUCGCCGCCGCCGGCGGCACCGCCUCCGCCAGGAACCUCCGCCGUGCUGUCAGCGGAACCGGAUCGGGUGGGCAUGCAGGCGCCGUGGGGCGCGCCUGGCCGCGGCGGCGGCGGACGCUUCGGCAACGGCGGCACAGUCGUGGAUGGUCUGAGCCAGGUCGGCAAUGAUGUGGAGACGCUCAAGAAGCAGGUAGCGCAGAUGGGCCAGGCGAUGAAGGCGGCGGGCGUGAUGAAUCCGGCAGUGGAGGCGGCAGCGGUGGCGGCGGCGGUGGGCGGCGGAGCUGAGGCUGCCAACGUGGCGGUUCGGCAGCGCAACCCCAUCAACGUCACGGCGGGUGGUGCAGGCGCCGACGGCACCGCGGGCUUUGCAGCCCCUCCGCAAAAGAUCCAGCCUGGUCAGGAGGGGAUGCCUGCCGCGCUGGAGGCCGAUGUGGGCCGUCUGAAGGACGAGGUCCGAACCAUGAAGCACUUCCUGGGGAUGGCGAUGCCUGAUGGCAGCGGCGGCGUAGCCGCCGCCGCUGGCCCCACCGGCCGCGGAGGCGCAGCCGAGGGCGGAAAGGCCGGGCAAGGAGCUUCGGAGCUAUGGGGCCGUGCGGGCCACACUUCACGCGACGUGGACGUAGACCCGGUGAAGCGGGCAGGCGGUUACGCCAACGUGGGGGAGAUGGCGCGCGAUCUGGACGCUGUCAAGCGGCGGCAGGGCGAGCUGGAGGAGGCCAUGCGUGCGGCCAACAUUCCGUUACCGGCCGCUGCGGAGCAGGGCGGUCCGGCAGUGCGCGUCGUGGCCGCGGGUGCCCCGCCGCAGCGCAACCCUAUCAUGGUGUCGCCAGGUCUUGUGGAGCGUCCCGACGCCGUCGGGCUCCGGGCGCCAAAGCGGCCGCUGCAGCCGCUACAUGCGAUCGAAGGUGUUCCUGAGCCUGUUUUGGACCACCUGGGCGCCAUGCAAGAUGACCUGCGCAGAGUGACGGCUUUCCUGGGGAUGCGCUCCGUGUCCACUGACCCCGCCGCGCCACCACCGCCGCAAGCCGAGCCGGUGGCGAAGUCGCCGGUGGCAGCGGCGACGCCGCCUGGGCCGCAGCAGCCGUGGGGCACGCCGCCCGGGCCGCGCGGGGACGAUAAGGAAGGGCCGAAGGUCGACAGGCUGAGCGAUCUGGUCCGUGAGGUGCAAGACAACAAGCAGCGACAGGAGGGCGUCGAGCGAGUGCUGAUGGCAAUGGGGGCGCAGAUCCCGUGGGCGACUGACUACCCGGCAGCGCCCGGUGCGCAGCCUGUGGCGGUUUCACAUCAGGAACCGUCAGGCCAGCAGCAGCGGCAGCGCAAUCCCAUUGCGGUGACGGCGGGCGGUCUGCAGGAGGGCGGAGCCACGGGCUUUGCGGCACCGGCGCGCAGGCCAGGCGCGGCUGUUGAAGCCCCCGAGGUCGCCAAGGCCGUGGCAGUGGCGCCGGCGGAGGGCCGCAACACGGGUGUGGAGCCGUGGGGCGCACCGGGCAGGGAGCCAAGACAACUAGGACAGGAAGUCAAGAACCUGGGUGAGGUGGUUCGUGACGUGGAUCACAACAACCGGCGCAUGGCGCAGCUCGAGGAAGCGCUUCGGGCUGCGGGAAUACCCAUACCGCCGCCGCAACAAGCUACCGCCGUAGCGGUGGCCCCAGCCCAGGAACCGGCCGGCCAGCAGCAGCGGCAGCGCAAUCCCAUUGCGGUGACGGCGGGCGGUCUGCAGGACGGCGGAGCCACGGGUUUUGCGGCGCCUGGGCGGAAGUUGCUGCCGUCGCUUGAAGGCCUCCCCGAGCCUGCGCAACUGGAGCUCGCCCGCAUGGCGGAUGACCUGAAGCGCGUGCAGGCCUUCCUGGGCAUGAGCCCCGCCGGUGUGGUGCCGGUGGCUGCUGCAGCCCCCGAGGUCGCCAAGGCCGUGGCGGUGGCGCCGGCGGAGGGCCGCAACACGGGUGUGGAGCCGUGGGGCGCACCGGGCAGGGAGCCAAGACAACCAGGACAGGAAGUCAAGAACCUGGGUGAGGUGGUUCGUGACGUGGAUCACAACAACCGGCGCAUGGCGCAGCUCGAGGAAGCGCUUCGGGCUGCGGGAAUACCCAUACCGCCGCCGCAACAAGCUACCGCCGUAGCGGUGGCCUCAGGCCAGGAACCGGCCGGCCAGCAGCAACGACAGCGCAAUCCCAUUGCGGUGACGGCGGGCGGUCUGCAGGACGGCGGAGCCACGGGCUUUGCGCCUGGGCGCAAGAUGAUGGCCUUAGAAGGCCUUCCGGAGCCGACCAAGGCAGAGCUCGCCCGCAUGGCGGAUGACCUGAAGCGCGUGCAGGCCUUCCUGGGCAUGAGCCCCGCCGGUGUGGUGCCGGUGGCUGCUGCAGCCCCCGAGGUCGCCAAGGCCGUGGCGGUGGCGCCGGCGGAGGGCCGCAACACGGGUGUGGAGCCGUGGGGCGCACCGGGCAGGGAGCCAAGACAACCAGGACAGGAAGUCAAGAACCUGGGUGAGGUGGUUCGUGACGUGGAUCACAACAACCGGCGCAUGGCGCAGCUCGAGGAAGCGCUUCGGGCUGCGGGAAUACCCAUACCGCCGCCGCAACAAGCUACCGCCGUAGCGGUGGCCCCAGGCCAGGAACCGGCCGGCCAGCAGCAGCGGCAGCGCAAUCCCAUUGCGGUGACGGCGGGCGGUCUGCAGGACGGCGGAGCCACGGGUUUUGCGGCGCCUGGGCGGAAGAUGAUGGCCUUAGAAGGCCUUCCGGAGCCGACCCAGGCAGAGCUCGCCCGCAUGGCGGAUGACCUGAAGCGCGUGCAGGCCUUCCUGGGCAUGAGCCCCGCGGGUGUGGUGCCGGUGGCUGCUGCAGCCCCUGAGGUCGCCAAGGCCGUGGCGGUGGCGCCGGCGGAGGGCCGCAGCACCGGUGUGGAGCCGUGGGGCGCACCGGGCAGGGAGCCAAGACAACCAGGACAGGAAGUCAAGAACCUGGGUGAGGUGGUUCGUGACGUGGAUCACAACAACCGGCGCAUGGCGCAGCUCGAGGAAGCGCUUCGGGCUGCGGGAAUACCCAUACCGCCGCCGCAACAAGCUACCGCCGUAGCGGUGGCCCCAGGCCAGGAACCGGCCGGCCAGCGGCAACGCAACGCCGUCAGCGUUUGGCCUGGACUGGGCUCUGAAGGCGCCGCGGGCAUGGCGCCGCCGCGCAAGCUGGCCGCCAUGGAAGGUCUUCCUGAACCAGCACAGGCGGAGCUCGCCCGCAUGGCGGAUGACCUGAAGCGCGUGCAGGCCUUCCUGGGCAUGAGUCCCGCCGGUGUGGUGCCGGUGGCUGCUGCAGCCCCCGAGGUCGCCAAGGCCGUGGCGGUGGCGCCGGCGGAGGGCCGCAGCACGGGUGUGGAGCCGUGGGGCGCACCGGGCAGGGAGCCAAGACAACCAGGACAGGAAGUCAAGAACCUGGGCGACCUGGUAAAGGAGGUCGACGGCUACAAGCAGCGGACGGCCGCACUGGAGGAAGCGCUGAGGGCGGCCGGCAUCCCGGUGCCUCGCCCGGCUGAGGCAGCGGCGACUGGAGUAGCAGGAACGGGGGAGCAGCCGGGCCAAGGCCGACAGCGCAACGGCGUGAUGGUGACAGCGGGCGGUCUUGCAGGCCCCGAGCAGGCAGGCUUUGCACCACCUCAGAGGCGAGGCCCGGCGGGCGCAGGGGAAGAUGCGGUGAGUCCCGAGCUCGCCCGCAUGGCGGAUGACCUGAAGCGCGUGCAGGCUUUCCUGGGCAUGAGCCCCGCCGGUGUGGUGCCGGUGGCUGCUGCAGCCCCUGAGGUCGCCAAGGCCGUGGCAGUGGCGCCGGCGGAGGGCCGCAACACGGGUGUGGAGCCGUGGGGCGCACCGGGCAGGGAGCCAAGACAACCAGGACAGGAAGUCAAGAACCUGGGCGAUCUUGUCAAAGACCUGGACGACAACAAGCAGCGCGUGAAGCAGCUGGAGGAGGCGCUCCGUUCCGCGGGCAUUCCGCUGCCGCCGCCUGCAGCGGCGGGUGCCGUGGCGCCGGCGGAGCCACAGCAGCCAGGCGGGCAGCGAGGCCGGAACCUGGUGGCGGUUUCACCGGGCCUGGUGCCGCCAGAGGGGGCCACUGGCUUUGCGGCGCCGCGACGAGGGCCGGGAUCGGAAGCGCCUCCGGAGUCGCUUCCGGCCCGUGUGGACGCACUUCAGGACGACGUGAAGCGCGUGAAGGCAUUCCUGGGCAUGCAGGAUGGUGCUGCAAGUCCGGCAACAGGUGCCGGGCCGGACGGCGCCAAGGAGAAGGGCGCCGCGCCGGCGGCAGCGGACAAGGGCCCGUGGGCUGGGCCGGGUCGCGAUAAGGGCACCGCUGGCGGCGGCGAGGGGGUGGCCAAGGAGCUGGAGGAAGUGAAGCAACAGCUGAAUGAUUUGGACCGGGCGUUGCGUGGUGCCGGUAUGGGCUACAUGCUCCCCAAGGACAAGGACAGCGGGCCCACCCCGGUGCAGCGGCAGACGGAGCCCGCGGACAAGCAACGCGGUGGCGUUGCCGUUACCGCGGGAGGGCUUCAGCGGCCCACGGACGCUGCCGGCUUCCCUGCGCUGACCCGCAAGGACGGUCUGCCGCCCAUCGAGAACCCCAGCUUCGUGGACGCCAACGACUACGGCAAGCUCAAGGAUGACGUGGACAAGCUCAAGGCGUUCUUGGGGAUGGAUGCGGCCAAGACGGCCCCUGCGGCGGCGGCGGCGGCGGUAGCGGCAGCAGGGCCAGCGGCGGCGGCAGCUGGCAACGAACCGUGGGCUUCGAAGAAUCUGAAGGACAAGGCGGAUGAGGUCGCCGCCGUGUCGGACGUCAAGGGCGGUGGGCCCGCUGCGGCGGGCGGCCGCAACCGCAACCCCAUCGCGGUCAGCCCGGGCAUGGUGGAUGAGGGUGCCAAGGGCUUUGCGCCUCCUGACCGCAAGCAAGCCGGCGAGCCACCGGAAGGUAUCUCCAACCCUGUCGUGGUGGACGGCGAGGACUACAAGCAGCUGAAAAAGGCGCUGGAGGAUCUUCAGGCUGCGGUGGGGCAGCAGGGGCCGGCGCCGGCUGCGGCAGACGGCAAGAAGCCCAAGAGCCUCAAAGAGGACACGGACGACAUCAAGAAGUUCGUCCGCGCGAUGGGCAAGGAUGUGGGCGCCAUGGGCAACGACAUGCAGGCGCUGAAGAAGCAUCUAGACGAUGUGGAGGGCUCCAUGAACCGGGCUCUGGCCAACCUUGCUGCAGAGAUGGCUCGACUUAAGACGGCUCCAAGAGAGGAGGAGCCCGACAGCCCGGAGCCCAAGCAGGAGAAACGGAAGCUAGAGGCCGCGGGGGAUAACAUGGCGGACACCAUCAACGCUAUGGCGGCGCUCAACGCCGCGCAGCAGCAGCAGCUGGCACGUGCGACUGACGACACGCGCGCGGAGGACAUUGACGCGCUCAAUGAGGCGAUGCGGCAGAGCGAGAAUCAGCUGGCCCGUCUGCUAGCGUUCCUUAAGCAAGACGUAAUGGACCGGUUCGCGGUGCAUGAGAAGACGCUCAUUCGGAUGGCCAAGCAGAUCGACUUCAUUCAGCGCAUGCUGAAGGGCGAGUUCGACGACCAGCGGGAUGCGGCCCGGGAGGCGGGGAGCACUCUCACGGUGGCCGCCCCGGACGGCAGUGUGGUCACCAGCACCACCGGCGGCACCGGCGGGGAAAUGGAGCUCCAGGCUUCUUAA